AUGGCGCGGCAAACAGCGGAAACAGCGGAGGAGGAGAAGGAGGAGGAGGAGGAGGGGGAGGAGACACACAGAGCGGGGGAAGCGCACCGCGAGGACUGCGAGGAAGAGCGCGCCGGCCCCGGCAGCGCAGGGCUGGGCAAAAGAGCCGACGCCGAGGCGGCCGGCGGCGCGCAGGGCCCCUCAAAGUGCACGCACGGCGGCUCCGAAAAACCCAGCCAGGCUCGAGGCCUAAGACAGCCUCUGGGCCCAAGACGAGGCGAGGCUCUACUCGCCAUCGCUCGGACGUCCGUUCCGAAAAAUGCCCACGUCCGAGCGAUGCCGAGUCUACAGUGA